CAUGGCUACAGUUGUUGCCAUCUCACAGAGUCGGUAACAGGUGCUAGAACAUUUUUAACGGCUCUACACAGUGGGCUUUAUACAGAGAAAUAAUUUGCCUUCAUAGAACAGACAUGGAUGGAAAAGGUGGUUUGGCAAACUUAGACGUCGACGUAUUAAGUCCUGAGCAGCAAGAGAAACUGCAACAGUUUAAGAUUAAGACAAGAAUUGACAACGAGAAGUAUUUGAGGUCCCAUCCCGAAGUAGAGGAACUGAUUGGUGGCUUUAUGAGAAAUGUGCUUCUUAAAAGACCGACUGACAUCCAUGAGUUUGCCGCAGAUUACUUCAACAACAUAAACCUUCCCACUGGCCCUGUAAAAGAAGGAGACAGUGACAGAGCGAAUCACCCAACAGCUUCUACUUCAUGCCUGUCUCCGUUCAAAUCAGCAGAUGUAAAAUAAUGAUUAUGCUACUAUUUACUUUAAAUUGCAAUCAGGCUUUUUCUCAUAAGUCUCAUUACAUGUAGAGAAUCUUUUUACAUGUAAUUUAAAUGGGAAAUUUUAAAGACUUUAAUGAUGUUCCAUGGAAUUUGCAUUAGCAUUCUGCAAAGGCCUUGAUAGUCACAGAAAUGCUGUUUCAUGUUUGCUAGCUUUAAUCAAAAACCUGAAUAGA